AUGGAAACUGAAUACAUUGGUGGUCUUUUUAUUAACUUUGUUAUUCAGGAUUGUAUUGGUGCUAUUGAUGGGACACACGUAAGGGCAUCGGUUCGAGAGCAUGAGCAAGCAAAAUACAUUGGUAGGAAAGGAUAUGCGACGCAAAAUAUUAUGGCAGUUUGUGAUUUUAAUAUGUGUUUUACGUUUGCAUGGGCUGGAUGGGAGGGAACUGCACAUGAUACACGUAUAUUCUUUGAAGCCUUACGCAGAACUGAACUUAAAUUUCCACAUCCGAUCGGUGAUAAGUAUUAUGUUGUUGAUGCCGGAUAUCCAAAUACUAAAGGUUAUCUUGCCCCAUACAAAGGAACAAAUAUUCGUUAUCACAUACUUGAUUUCCGUCGUGGACAAACUGUAGCAAUACGUGCUCCUAAAGGAGCAAAAGAGACAUUUAAUUAUUAUCACUCAUCGCUGAGGAAUGUUAUUGAACGAACUUUUGGAGUAUGGAAAACUAGGUGGCAAAUACUAAAAGAUAUGCAUGUCAAUUACACCUAUGAGACACAAGUAAAUAUUGUGCUAGCGUCGAUGGCAAUUCACAAUUAUAUUAGAAUGAAUGGAAGUUUUGAUGAAGCAUUUGACAURGCGCAACAAGAAUCAUACAACCCUCAUAUUGAUGUUGAUGAUGAAGGAUGUGGUAGCAACAAUGAACCACAUGAAAACACAAGUUCUCGUCGUAGGAGUGAUGAUCUAUAUAUGAGUGCUGUAAGAGAUAUGAUUGCAGGAGAUCUAAUAGGUAGAUCUAGAUGA